CCGUGUGCUCUGGUUUCCGGCCCCACCCCUGGAGAGCAUCAGGCUGUCUUUGACCUCCCUCCCCCACCUACUGCACCUCCCGGAUUGGACCGUGAUGGGCCCAGGCCUUGGUGGGCCGCCCGGGCAGGGACUGGUGUGGUGGGUCUGUCUGGCCUUCCCAAAUUCCCAGGACACUUGCUCCCAUGCCAGCAGCCCUCUGGCCCCCCCUGACCGCUGCCCUGCCUCUUUCAGAAUGGCACGCAGAAGUCAUGGGACUUCAUGAAGACACAUGACAGUGUGGCCAUUCUCAUGUUCAACUCUUCCCAGCAGAGCCUGGUGUUGGUGAGGCAGUUCCGGCCAGCCGUGUACGUGGGCGAGGUGGAACGCCACUUCCCAGGGUCCCUGGCAGCUGUGGACCAGGAUGGACCCCGGGAGCUGCAGGUGGCACUGCCUGGCUCGGCGGGGGUGACAUACGAGCUGUGUGCGGGCCUCGUGGACCAGCCCGGGCUCUCGCUGGAGGAAGUGGCCUGCACGGAGGCUUGGGAGGAGUGUGGCUACCGCUUGGCUCCCUCCGACCUGCGCCGGGUCGCCACCUACAAGUCUGGUGUGGGACUCACUGGCUCCAGCCAGACUAUGUUCUACGCAGAGGUGACAGAUGCCCAGCGGGGCGGCCCGGGAGGAGGCCUGGCAGAGGAGGGCGAGCUCAUUGAGGUUGUGCACCUGCCCCUGGAUGGUGCCCAGGCCUUCGUGGAUGACCCGGAUGUCCCCAAGACCCUCGGCGUCAUCUUUGGCAUCUCCUGGUUCUUCAGCCACGUGGCCCCUGGCCUGGGUGCCCAGUGAGACUCCAGGGGCUCGAGACCAAGGCUGGUUCUGGCCACUCACCCUGCAGAUCAAAUAAAGGGUUGUGUAGCUCUAA